UAGCACCAUGACUCGGGAGACUUGUGUUGAUGGGACAUUGAUGUCGAGCGCUCAUGGAGUUUAGUUAUUUUUAUUUUUGAGUGGAAAUUUGUGAAUUUGUGGUGUUCAGGACCUUGCUGUUUUGUGAUUAUGUACUUAUGACAACGACCGACUAACGACUACCAAUGGAUACAUUUCGUAAAUGGUUGAAUAAACCAAAGGCGGAUGACAAGUCCAUUUUGGCGAGAUUCUAUCAUGCGGACCGAGCUCUAACAGCAGUUGCCAGUGAACUGGACAGUUUUGACGGCAGAGCCGAACCUGAAAGAUGUUCUCGUUUAGUUGGACGCUUGCGGCAAGGACAGGACAAGGUUCUCGCCAUAACGCAUCAGAUUAUGGACGAAUUGUUGAGUGAUGAUCGAGCACCGCGAGCAUUUCGGGCAAAAUUCCCUGAGGAGGUACUUCAGGAGAGUUUAGCUGGGCAAUUGUGGUUUGGUGCUGAGUGUUUGGCCGCUGGGUCGUCGAUACUCAAUCGUGAGGCGGAGAGUACGGAGAUGCGUCCGCUGGCCAAGGCGGUGACCAAGAGUUUAGACAAUGUGCGAAAUCUAUUGCGAGAGCAGUGCCUUCGAAAUAACACACCAAAUUCACCGACAUUAAAUUUAAAUAUAAACGACGUGGCUACGGAGACUCUGUGCGAAAGUCUCAAGAUAUUCGAUAGACUCUUUGCCGAAUUUGAAUUUAGAUACGUUAGCGCAAUGGUGCCCGUUAAGAGUAAGCAGGAGCACGAAAUGCAAGAGAUGAUUUGCGUCCUGUUCUCAGAGACGGUGCAGCGGGCAUUGAAAAUUGGCCUGCUGGAUCAGGAGCAGGUGGACUCAUUUGAUCCUGCUCUUAUGUUCUCAAUACCACGCUUGGCCAUCAUAACGGGGCUUGUGAUUUACGAUCGGGGCCCAUUGAAUAUGAACAUGCCGGCGGAACAGCUGUCGGAGAUGUUUAGGCCUUUCCGGACGCUCCUCAUCAAGAUACGUGAUCUACUGAGGACACUGAAUAAAAGUGAAUUGUACCAGUUGGAGAAGCUCUUGUGCACCAAUGAGGACAUCCACUUGAAGUGUGACUUUAACUGUGAUGAGAAACUUAUCCGUGGUGAUGAGGAACUAGUGAUAAGUGAUUGUUGUAGCAAAGAGAACCUGACGAGCUUCUACCCUGUGGUGAAUGAAGAUGAAUCCGGGAGUGAGUGGCACUCAUCCGAGGAAGAUAGAGACGAUGUCGUGGCGUCCGUUGUUGCGAAAGAGGACAACGGAGAUUUGGUAACAACUGACUGUACUUCGGGUUAUUUGAUACCUAAUACAAAUUUUGGCAAUUUACUCCAGCCAAACGAUGCCCCCCUUACGGAUAGUUUUAUCUCCAGCGACGAUGAAUUCGCUGUGCGACCACCUCAGAGGGAAUGUGCGGAAAGUAAGCCCGGUGAUGGGGCUGCAGCUGUACAAGAUGGUCAACGACGUGAUGGGGAUUCGGGUAUUGGGACGGAGAAUACCAGCUUGGAUCGCACACCGGAUUCUGAGACACAAAAGGUGGAAGGUGGGACGGCAUCGAUGCCACUGACUGAGAAAUACUCGGAGAACUGGGAUGCAUUGGAGCGCAACAAGGAGCAGCAGCAGCAGCAGCAGCCGAGCUGUAGUAGAUCUACAUCAGGUGAUGAGAGGGGUCAAGUGGCUGGUACGAGUCAGCCACAGUCACAGCAGCAUAUCAGCACCACGAAGAAACAAAAAGUUAACACAAAUGGAGCACGAUCGUCACGUACGCAGCGAACGAGUCGCAGAACAGCCACUUCCGGGGCGUCCACGUCGGCUCCAGCAACUGGAAACUACCUACGACGAUGUGUUGUCUAUCCGUCGCCAGGCCUACGGGCCAGGUGCAACGAUACAACAUCCUCCAGCAGCAGUGGUGAUACAUCUUCAUCGCAAUCCGAUGGGGAUUCACAUGAAAUAACUUUAGCUCUACGGGCUGCGGGACGGAUGAAAUUCAAGAGCGUUGAAAAUCUUCUUCAUCGUCUCUUUGUUUGCAUCGCUGGUGUGGCUGAUCAGCUACAGACGAAUUUUGCAUCGGAUUUACGGCAAAUUCUGCGUAGUGUGUUUCUUAUGAAUGAAUCCCCACCGCCAAAGGAGGAGAUUAUACCAAAUGUGCAGGAGAAGCCCAAAGAUGCGAGUGAUUUGUUUGAAUUUCGUGCCAGCGAAAGUGAUGUGGUGGUACAGACGAAUGGGGGCUCGAACCAAAGCAUUUACUCCGCCGAGGAGGUUAAUCCGGAAUCGGAUAGUGUGUUUGAGGCACCACGGGAGACACAGGGCUCACCACGGAGUGCCAGUGAGGAGAUUGAGACGAAUGCAGUGAGCAGGACGAAUGUUGAGAGGAGUCACAGCUUGGGGGAGAGUCCGUCGGAUAGUUCAACGUCGAGUGCUGCAAGUAGACGCAGCAAUUCGAUUCAGGAGCAACACUCACUGCCCUCGGCGGGAAUUGUGAGCCCCAAGCGUAUCAAUGUGAUUGUGAGCGAUGAAAAUGGGUCCGGGGUAAGGCACGGUGGUAGCUGCAGUGCUGGGAAUUCACCAGUUUCGGUGCCGCGGACACGCUCGUACUCCUCCAGUGAGCACCUACCUGUGACCAAUGGGGGCCACCAGGCACGACCUGAACGUCCACCACGAUGGAUACCCGACGAGGAGGCGCCCCGUUGCAUGGCCUGCAGUGCAGUUUUCACGGCCUUCCGUCGACGACAUCACUGCCGGUGCUGCGGGAAGGUCUUCUGUGGCGUCUGCUCCAAUUCAUCCGCCCCAUUGCCCAAGUUCGGGCUCACGAAAGCCGUCCGUGUGUGUAGGGCGUGCUUCGUGCGUGAAGUGGGUACCGUAUAGGGCAUGUCACACCCUUCCCCACCUCCCCCCUUAUCCCUUUCUUCUCACACAAAACAAAACACAGGCACACACCGAACUGUGGGAAGUGACCACACGCAGAAAUGCAAGAAAAUCAUUAAAAAAAAAAACAAACAAAAAUAAGAAAAGUGUUGAAAUGCAAGAAAUUUAGGACGCGCGAUAGAGUUACAGCAUCAAAUCUAUCUUUAACAUUUUCUUACCCUAUUACGUAUAUCUCAUUUUUACUCUUUCGUUUUUCUCUUGGUUUCUAUUAGGAAAAAAGUUAUGUUUUUUUUUUUAGCUAAAUGUAUAAUUCACUUCAAUAUUAACACAAAGACAUUUUAUGACCUCUCGAUUUAGCAGUUCAAUAUAUUGUUUCAUCCGAAAAAAAAACUUAUUUCUAACGCCUGAAACUAUUCAUUCCAUUUUAUUGCAAUUAUAGUGCGUGAAGUAAAGUGGAGAGAUGGAUUUAAUAAAAUUAUAAAAAAAAAAAUGUGAAGAAAUAUUUGGUCGGUGUUAAUGUUAACCAGAAAUAUCUACUCAAGAGAGCAAAAAAAAGUACAUAGAACAAUAAAAACUCCCGCCGUAAAAAUUGAUAAAAAAAAUUCCCUGAUGAAUAAUGAGGUGCAAAAAGCCAGGAUUCUGUUUCUUAUUUCGAUAGAGAGAGGAGUCUUAAUUCGAGAUCUUUCGGACACAUUUUAUUGAUUUUUUUUAAUAAAUAAAAUCGUAAAAACAUCAUAAAAUUACGAGGAGAUGCUAAUUGAACCAGUGAAUGAUUAUUUAAUUUAUUAUUUUUUUUAUUUUAAAUUAAAUACAAACAUAUUUCUUUAAUAAUUUUCGUGUUAACCCUUUAAGGUCCGCGACUAAUCUAGCGAGCUGAUUGAAGUAAAAAUAAUUUUUGGGGGUUCUUUUGAGCUCAAAUAAGACAUUUUUGGCAAAAAGAAAACUAAUUCAAAAAUUUACGGUUUUUCGUCCUUGUUGAUGUCCUUUUGUGGUAAUUAAAUGAUCAGGGAUUGUAAAGAUAUAAACUUGUACUAAUUUGGAUUCAAUAUUUAAAAAAUAACCAUACAAAAUGAAACAUUUUCGAAUUCGAGUCUUUGGGUCAGCGUAUGAUCAAAUGGUCUUUAAAGGGUUCAGGAAUUUUUCCAAAUUUUUUCUCCCUAAUUUUCAUAUAAAAAGAUAUUUUUCAAUCUAAUAAAGAUCGUGAGUUAUGACUUUAUUGAAUGAAACAAACAGAAGAAGCGUGAUUGUGUAAAACAUUAAUGAAAAGAACAAGAAACAUUCAAACAAACUUACUAUUUUCCUCUAGAAACAGCUAUGAAAAUUCAGCAAAAAUAUGCCCAAAAAUUCAGGGAUCGACGUUUCUAACCUCAAAACUUUGACCUUGAUUUUAUCUUAAGAAAAUGUUUUUCCAAGUUUUCUUUCGGCGAACUUGAAGUAAUUUACCUUCCAUACAUAAAGAUGUAGAAUUUAUCACAAAAUAUUAAGUAGAUUUUGAUUCUGUGGCGCUUGAAAAAAGUCGAAUUGGCCACUUUGUCCAGCCAAAUCCUCCAAGGGUUAAAUGUACGAAGCAUUUACGCCAAUGUUUCAUCAGUGAGUUUUGACGGAGUAUUUUUGAAACAUGCUUGAAACAUUUUCUUUUACACAUGAUUUGAAGAUAAAAAUCCAAAAGAAAAUCAUUUCCUGCCAGAAAAUUGUAUAACACGACUGUGAGAGGAAAUUGUACUAUUUCGGAGAAAUUCUUUGAAAAAUGUUUCAAGAAUGCUUUGUCAAAACGAAUUGAUGAAACAUCAUUAAAAAUGUUUCAUUUAUUUAAAGGGGAAAAAGAUCUUACAGUGACGCAAUUUUCUGCAUUUUUUGAGAGAAUUUUCGACAAGUUUUCGCAGCUUUUUUCUCAGUGAAAAAUAGUAAAUCUGUUUGGAUAUUCUUUUAAAUUGUUUUUUGCUUCUCUACAUGAUUACUUUUCUUUGUUGUAUUCGUUCGAAGGAGGUCAAGACCCUAGAAAUUUAUUUAAUCAACAUUUGAUUAAAUUCUCAACUAAAAAAAGAAAUAAAAUGUGUCUGAAUUAUCUCGAGAAGAAAACAAAAACAAACACAUUUUCAUCAUCGUAACUCUUUGCAUAAUACCUACACCUAAUAUAAAUACUAUUUAAUUUUCUAUGUUGAACUGCCAUUACAUCUUAAUAAAAAAAUGACCUUUAAGAGCUGCAUUAUAAAAGAAAUUAAAAUGAAACAAAAAAAAACAAAUUGGCUAAAAGUCCUUCUGAAUUUGCACAAAUUGAAAAUAUUUUUGAAGAACGUGUGAUAAAUGUAAUUAAAGAAAAAAUAUUUAAAUGAGAAAAUAUUCCUCGAUCAAUGCGGAGUUCAAUGUUCGAUUUUUUACUGCAAAAAAAAGAAUAACUUAGCUGUAUCUUACAUUGAUAUAAUCUUUAAAAAAAGAAAAGAAUUAAGUAAAUGCAUUAUUAUUGUUUUGACUAUGAAAUAGUAACGUUGAAGAGAAUAUAAAACACUUGUGUGACAAUACUUAGCAAAAUAAAUAGCGAAGAAUGUGAAAAAAAAACUACCAACUAUCAAUGUCUGCAAAACGGGGAUGUAGUUUGUGGGUUAAAAAGAAAAAAAAGUUGAGCUUUGGAUCAAACACUUUUUGAUUCUUUUGAUUAAAUUUUGCAAGAAAUUCUUCCCCAUUCUGUUUCUCUCAAUAUGACUGGCCUUUCGUUCUUUUGGGAGAAUAAUCACCUUUCCUCUAAAAUUGUGCUUUUAAUCGUUAAAUUCUUUCCGUUUUUGCCAUAAUAAUUAAGUCACAAAUACCUACAGAGAUCCACAAUUAAGUUUUAUUAAAAAAAAAAGGGAUAUUUCUUAAGAAUAUUUUUCAGAUGAAAAUGAAUGAAAAAUUUCCAAAAAAGUGAUUAUUUUCCCCAAAAGAAAUGAAAAACUAAAAGACCACUGAUGCUGCCUAUAUGCAAAAAUAAUUUCAGUUUGCUACAUUGUCUUAUUAAAAAUAAAAAAAAUAUAAUUAUUCUAUAUAAUUUGUUUAAAAUCUGUUUACUUUAGUUGAGCGGUUUCACGGGAAAUUAACAUUAAUUCAUUUAUUUUCUUUCUCUAUUUUUUUUUAUUUUAUAUUACAUAAAAUAUUAUACAUUUUUCUCACAGUAUGUUAUCUAUCUUGUUUAAAUAUUUUCAAUUUAUAUUUUUUUUUCUUACAUAUUUGACAUUUUUAAUGAAAGAAAAAUCCUAAACAUUAGUUUAGUUGUGAAAUCUUUAAGAAGAAGAAAAAUCAUAUAAAAAAAUGUGGAAGAGUUUAAAACUAUAACAUGAAAAUUUAUGAGAAAUAAAUGUAAUUUUGCUUUGUAAAUGGCAUUAAUAUCCAUUUAAGAAUUUAUCAUUAAAGUAUUAUGUAUAUAAACAAA